GGCGUUCGCAAAGGAAACAGAAUCCCAUCCUCCAUUCCCAAUUAUCCAACAAGUUGCCUUUCCCAUAUCUGGCGCGCCUACCACAGCACACUCAAAUGGCGCCGAAACGGAAAUCACGCGUGUCGCAAACAGCCAGCCCCGCGCCCGCACCAGCACCCACACCAUCCCGCUCCAACCAAACCGUCGCAGUCGAGAUAGAACAGCGCCGACGCCCAAAGCCCGUAACAGACUCAACACCCAACCCCAAAGCCACAGAUGCAGAACCUGAAGCCAUGGAAGAAGGAGAAGAGGAGGAAGAAUACGAUGAAGAAGCCGCCAACGCAGCACUAGUAGCAGACCCCUGGACCGACGACGAAGAAAUCGGUCUUUUCAAAGGCUUGAUACGUUGGAAACCUACCGGCAUGCAUAAACAUUUUCACCUGUUGGCGUUGCAUCAGCAUUUAUUGUCGAAUGGAUAUAUCCAUCCCAAAGCACCACAUACACGGAUUGCUGGCAUCUGGGCUAAACUACACGAUCUCUACGACUUGGAAGCGCUGGAUGAACGCGAAGAUGCCAAUGCGGCUCCUUGGUCAACCUCUGAGGAUGAAGAUGAGGAAGAAGAUGAAAAGGAUGAAUUGGGGGAUGAUGAGGAUGAGCCGGAACGUCAGAACGAUACCGAGUUUGAACUUCCCGACGAAGAGUUUGGAGGCUUGAUCUGGCGUGCGAGGUUCCCAGAUUCUGAGGACGACGAGGAAAGGGAUAGCUCACCGCCAUUGGACGAAGAUUUGGUCCCUAGACCCGACAGUCCUCCCGUGCGGUUUACACCGAGUUUCGAGAUUGCCUUGGAGGAACAGACUCCUUCGACGAGGGCCUCAAAGUCAAAAUCAGCAGCGUCUGUAAAGGGAAAGGGGGCCAAGCCGUCACUCAACACUAGGCGGUCGAGUCGAGUGGCCGACAGUGUCGAUCCUGACGACGAUGGGAACGAAGAGGAGGAAGAGGGCAGUGAGGGCGAUGAAGGAAGUGAGCAGGAGAGCAUGGCUAGUGGCACACCUGCACCCAAGGUUGCAAAGUCAAAGGGCAAGAGAAAGGCCCCUGCUGCGAAGCCCAGGGCUAGCAAGCGCAGGAGAUAGACGUUGCGGAACUGUCAUUGAUGUCGUUUGGUUUAUUGUUUAUUCGUCCUAAGAUACCCAUGUUUUUAUCGACCUUGUUCUUUACUUUUGAUCUUUGAUGAAAUCUCAACCUCUCAAGUUCCAC